AUGUCGGAUCGAAUGGCGCCGAAAUCAGAUACUGAUACAAGAGAAGAGGAGCGCCUUGCCGCCUGCUUCAACUGUAAGAAAUCCAAGUUAAAAUGCGUCCGGCCCGCCGGGUCUCCGACGUGUACUCGAUGCACUCAGCGCUCGAUUCAAUGUUCUGCGCCGCUCUUUCACGUAGGCCGUCAUAAAGGGGUUAAGAACAAGCAUUCGGGAUUAGAAAAGGCCGUCUUCCAGAUUGAGCAGGCAUUGAGAAGAUCCAGUUCUGGCGCCUUGGACCAGAUACAGACGGCUGAGCAAGCUAACGAAUUGAGAUUUCUGCUCGAGAGGAGCAGAGAGCUCCUGGGGAGUGACCAUGGAUUUCCUAGCCGCGUAUCGUCUCAGAAUAGCGUGGAGCACGAUCAAGUAUCCGUGUCUCCCCAGCAGACUUCGACUUCAUUAGGAACGUCGCCUUCUCAGACUUGUUCGCGCGACGACUCGGCUGUGAAUACCAAAGUUGAGGAAGAUCAACUUAGUCUAGACGAUGCUGAGAACCCGUUACAACUGCUCGCUCGAACGUCCGAGCUUCUAUCAUCUAUAACGCCGCAGAUGCAAGGGAACGGUGCGGGACGGCUACUUUCUAAAUCUACGUCCAACCGCGGCGUUGUUGGAGAGAGCGACGAUUUACAGAAAUUCUUCGGUCGUUUCCAAGCGCGACUGGAUGUCGGUGAAGAUCUUGAUCCCAUUGAAUUGGGACUUAUCACCCUCAGCGAGGCUGAAUCAUUAUUCUCUUACUUUUACGAAAAACUUGCGCAUACGCGCUGGGGCAUCGACCCUGUCAUACACACGGUAGAAUUUGUUCGAAGUCGUUCGGCUUUUCUAUUGACUUCGAUAGCUGCUGCAUCGGCGCUCUUCUCGCCGUCGAUGGAGUCAUUAUACAAAAGGCUCUCGAAUCAUCGGCAGAAGCUCGCCAGUCUUGUUAUGGCUAAACGCUACAAGUCCGUGGAGAUUAUUCUAGCGUUCAUGGUUAAUAUACCGUGGAUCUCGGCUGGUGAGCAUUGGGCUGAUGAUGAAACCUCAACCUAUCUUUCUAUGGCCUUGACAAUCGCCCUGGACUUGUCUCUGAAUAAAGUUAUAUUACCCUCAUCCACAGAACCGCGGAGUCCGAGGGACACCAUCGCUACAUCUGACUGCAUUUCUGGCCGAAAAGCUCUCGGCAUAGACGGUUUCAGCGAUGUCGACCCAGACUCUCCGAAGGGCCGGAGACUUUUGAGGAGGAGAGAGAGAACUUGGCUAUCCCUAUUCGUUCUUGAAAGAGGCGUAUGUCUCGCGAGAGGGAGGAAUUAUGUGCUACCAAUGUCGCCACUUAUCGAGAACUGCGAUCAAUGGCAUCUAAGCGAUCUAGCUGAUAGAUGGGACGGCUCAAUCGUCUCCGUGGCGGUUUUAAGAAGAGAUUUGGCAAAUCUAAUCUCGAAAGUAAAAUCGAUAUGCGACAGUUACGUCAACGGCAAUAGCGAAGUAUCCGUUGUUGAUAGAGUAAAAAAUGAAAUCACCAUGUUCUUUGAUAGGUGGUAUCAAACCUGGCCUUUGCAGUUAGGCGACCGCGAGCAACUUUCAUUACCUCCAUAUGUCGAGAUUCUCGCGUCCCAUACGCGGUUAUCCCUAUAUAGUUCUGUGAUUAACCACGGUACUGCGCCUGUGGGAGCGCGUCAUUUCUUCCGCGCUGCUGGCCUCUCAUCUGCGUUAAACGUCUUACGAGUAGCUGUUCAAGGUGAAGGACAGCUUAGGUCUAUGCCCAAUAACACGGCCAUCAUGAUUUCCUUCGCUGCUUGCUUUGCUCUCAGAGUCAGCACGGUCGCCGAUGGUCGAAGCUCGAGCCUGGCUCCUAGCAUCAGGGCUCUCAUAGCAGAGACUAUAGACGUACUAGAGAGGAUAGGAUCGACCCCUAUCCAACGGAAGGGUCUUUCUUGCUUAUUCGCAGGACAGUUGAGGCAGAUACUCAAAUACGCUUCGCGGGCGUCAGAAGCGGCACAAACCCUACCGGAGCCCAACAGAGACCUUACGAAACACGCUUCUAUUUAUACGGAUUUGAAUGUCGCUCAUAUGACGAACCACCAAGGCGCGAUACAAAUGCCGGUGGCAGCGUCAAAUCUACCACCGGACUACUUAUUAUUCUCCACCAUGUCUAACGAAAACCAGCUAGACGAGGCCAUCCAUAGCACCGACAUUGGGCUCAAUGCGUUCUGGGAGGAUUUCCAGUUCCAAAGCGCCGACUUGGACUGGAUGGACUGGUCAACUUUUAGCACGUAG